UUUAACAUUUAUACAGAGAAGAAAGCCGGUCAGGCUGGCUCGAGGCUCCGAAGAACGUUGAACUACUAAGUCAUAAACAGCCACCGUUAACAGCUCUGAAAAAAAUCUCUGUUUCACGCCAUUAAUCUAUUUCACAUCAGUUUUGUUUGCUUUUGACAUUGUCUUGGCAUACAUGGUACUACUGCCAAUUCCAGACGUCGUUCAACAGUUACCAGCUGAAAGGACUCCCGACCCCAUGGCAACCCUUGAAGAGACAAAACAGCUCUUUCGUACAGCUGAUGCUGUAUGUUUUGAUGUGGACAGUACUGUAAUAACAGAAGAAGGCAUUGAUGAGUUGGCCAAGUUCUGUGGUGUUGGAGAAGCUGUAGCACAAAUGACUCUUAAAGCUAUGGGUGGUGCAGUGACAUUUAAGACUGCUUUGACACAGCGACUAGGAAUCAUAAGGCCCUCCCAAAAACAAGUUCAUAUGUUUGUAGCUGAUUACCCUCCUCGUCUAACAAAGAACAUAAAGGAACUGAUUGAUCGACUACAUGAGCGAGAUGUCAAGGUGUUCCUCAUCUCCGGGGGAUUCCGCUGCAUAGUAGACAAUGUUGCAAAAAGGCUCAACAUCCCUCCAAACCACGUAUUCGCUAACGACUUGAAAUUUGACUUGAAUGGAGACUAUGCAGGAUUUGAUGAGACUCAGCUGACAUGCGAAUCUGGUGGUAAAGGAAAAGUUAUUGCACUUCUGAAAGAACGGUUUAAGUUUCAGAAGGUUGUCAUGAUUGGAGAUGGAGCCACUGACUUAGAAGCCUGCCCUCCUGCUGAUGCCUUUAUUGGAUUUGGAGGAAAUGUGAUCCGUGAGCCAGUGAAGCAGAAAUCAAUGUGGUAUGUAACCAGUUGCACUGAACUCCUAGAAGCACUUGAAGAAGAAUCUUAAUAACAAAGGAAAACGUGAAGACCAAAUGUAACCAUUAUAAGCGUAGCUCGGACCACUUAGAAAAUAUAAGCUAAAAUGUACUGUGAAUCUGUGGCAAAUUGAAAUGAUGAAGAGUCUGAAACUUGCAAUACAUUUUGGAAGCACUUAGUCUAUAUGUGAUACUAAUUUUGUUUAUAAGAAUGAAUAUAAAAUAAUUUAUGUGGACAUACACUAAUAACCUUGGUUCAACAAGACAGAAUAAUCUUUUUUGACUUCUGAACUAAUAACUUGUAACAGCUGUUUUCACACUCCACAGAAGGUCAUUUGAGUUGUGACCAAUUAAUAUCGAUGACAUACUUCUAUAUGAAUUUAGUAUGGUGGCUUCCCCUUUAAUGUAGGACUUGCCAUUCAGGCCACUGUAAUCCUGACAGAUGACAAGGGGAGGCUGAACAUUGUUAAUCUUGACGGCAAACCAGACUUGUUUACUUCUAGAUAACUCCAUCUGUUCAUUUCUUGUCCUGUGAUUUUGCUUUCCUCCAGUGCCAUUUCUUAAUGUUGGUUUUCAUUCAGUAAUGGGGUUAUCCAUACGGUGUGUUCCUAACUGUUUGUUAAAUACUGUUACUGCUGAAAUUUCUGCAAAAAUAAUUGUAAAUGUUCUACUUUUGUAGUGAACUCUACAGAAUUUAUGACCAGCCAUUUGAAAAAAAAAUUGCAGGUUCUAUUGAUGAAAAAAAUUAGUCCAGGUAGCACUUGAUUAAUGAUCACAAAAGAAAAAAUACUUUGUGUGGGGGGAAAGCCACCAUCCUCCAUAUACAUGCCAUGCAGAGAGAAACCCCCCACAAAAGAAAAAAAUGCUUUGUGUGAGAGCAAAGCCCUCACACUCCGUACAUGCAGUUCGUCUUCAUUUAAAUGUAAACAACUGUGAGAUUACUGCAUUGUUUGGAAACGGGGCUGUUGCUCUGAUGUGGAAUUAUUAGACUAGAGUACACUUUUUUCUGAGUUGAGCUUAAAGGUUGAACUGUAGCACAUUCUUAACCUUGGACUCUACUGAAUUUAAUACCACUAUUCAAAGUGAAUUUUCCAGCUGUACAGCUUACAAUGAUGCUUUAAAAAGGCAUAGAAGAGUGGCUAAAGACAGUUUCCCAGCACUUGUCAGAAGUAAUGGUUAUGCCUUUGCCCUUCUCCAGCUUAAAUACCAAACUUAAUGACUGCACCAGACUAGGAGAAAACAAUAUAUUAAAUAACAAGUGGUUUGGGUAAGGUUAAAAAUAUAUUGCAAUGUGAAUUAUACUUAAUCAUCACAUUGACAUGUUACAGAAUUAUCCCUUUUGCAAGAAGGGAUGCUUUUGCUAAAGAAUAUGACAAGCAGUUAUGCAAUACAGAGUAUUUUAUGCACUAAGAUAUCCUUUUAGCAGCAUUAUUUCAAUAGAAACAUGAAAAGCAAAUCACUAUUCCACAUGCAGGUGUAGGAAUUAAUUUUAGAGGAAUUACAUAAGGUGCAGAACUCCCUAAGUCGCCAUUUAAAUAAUUAUAUGAUGUAAAAAAAAAAUAAUCCAAAAGUUUGCUGGGAAAUCCCCAGAAUUCUUUUAGUGACCUUUGUUACCCUUAUGGCACUGCCUAUGUUAAUUCAUUUGGAAAAUGCUUCAUAAAUGCACAUCUUCCCUACACACGUUGUAGGAGGAAUUGCUUGAGCAUCAGUAGCCUGACGAAAAGAAGAAGAAGAAUGGCAUAACACUUAAUGCUUGUUGCCAUAGGAAUCAUUGCCAGUGCAAUUUCUGAUUGUGUGCUGGCAAUCAUUCACUAAUUUAGGGAGAUUUCUUCCUUCUUUUGAGUUGAUGUAACCAUGGAGUUGGUAUAUAUAAGUUUUUGGGGGGCUUGCUGUCUCUCACUGGGGGUGCAGGGGGACAAAAACAAGAAAAAAGGAUUUUUCCCCUUUUGUUUUUCAGUUAUUUUUUUGUUCUUUUGCAACAUCAAAUUAGGAAGUCAUUGUUUCAUAAUAGAACCAAAAUGCACUCCCCCACCCAAAAAAAAAAUACAUUCCCACAUUUUCUGUUCUACAGUUAUGUUUAUUAUUUCUGGCUAUUUGUUUUGUUGAGCACUUAUUUUGUGAGAAUGGAGUAUGAAAAGCCACAUUUUAUGAAAAAAGAGCUAUUUAAAAAAAAAAGAAUUGUGUGUAUUUUUUGGCAGUGUAUAACAACCCUAAUGGAAUUAGGGAGGUUUUAAAUGUUCUAAACUAUUUUCAAGAAUAAUGAUUAUCUUUUAGUUAUAUCUUCCAUUCUAAGGGAGAGACACAGAGCCUAUGGCUUUGAAUAUGCAUCCAACUUUCAAAAGUUAUAGUUUACAGAAGAAAAAGUAUCUCACUCUAAAAAAGCAUGACUUGUAUGUACAAAUAAGAAAAGUAAAAUCCAAGUAUUUAUUCUAGUCUGAAAAAAGAUCCAACUUGUGUCAUUUGCCAUCUUGUGUAGGUUUUACAUAUAAGAUUAGAGUCUAGAUUUUUAGAUUUUAACAUUUUAGUUUGGCUAGUAUUCUACAAGCUACUGACAUCAUAGUUGUGAUCUCAUCUUAGAUAUUACUUAAGCUACAUAAAGUGAAUUUGUGCAUGUCUUGCACUUUAGCUUUUAUAGCAUGUCAUCACUAUGUGGUAGAUAUUACUAGAAAAAUUUGGCCAUGGGAGUGAGAUAACUUUUAAUUGUAAUGAUGACAUUAAUUUUUGUUCCAGGAUGCCGAAAUGCAUUCUUAACAAAUUGUAAUUUGUCAUAAUAAAGUGGUACAUUAUUGUGUUUCACAGAACUGUUGUAACCCUUUAACAGUUGAAGUAGAAAUGAUAUUGUAUUAAGUGGAACACUUAUGCGUAUUAUACUUAACAGUCACCAGUACAGAUCAUAAGUCAGUUAUUUUAAUAUUGUUACUAGCAGGAUGUAAACUCAUUUACGUGCUGGUGUCAGAAAUGAAUAAAUAUAUUAAUUUAAGUAUUA